AUGAACAACGUAAUUGUUGGAGGUUACAUUGUCCGUCGUGGUGUGAACCCAUUAACUAGUGUUUUAGAAUACUCAAUCAAGGAGCUUGGGAAUGGUGUUCAGGUUGAUGAGGCGGAACCUGAAAUGGUUUCCUACCCACACCAGAAAGAUUGCCUGGGGCUGUUGCUUAUAGUGAUGUGGCCUACUUGUAUAUUAGUGUUCUAUGGGGCUACCCGGAAUCUAUAG